AUGUUUUUGCUUCACAGCCUUCUAUUACGCCUAACUAUAAUCCAUAUUCAUAGUUCUAGUGAUCUUGUCUUCACCUCUAGAAAAUCAACAUGA